AUGAAGUCCUCUGUCCACGCAGAAGAAGAUGACUUUGUGCCAGAGCUGCAGAGGAGCAUCCACCCCCGCGAGAGGCCGGACUGGGAGGAGACUCUCAGCGCCAUGGCCAGAGGUGCCGAUAUCCCCGACAUCCCCGGGGAGCUGCCGCUCCGGGCGUGUGGCAGCACAGCAAGUAUGAAAGUGAAGAACGUGAAAAAAUACCUCACCCCGGGACUGAUGGGCUGUGAUGCCUUUCACAGGUUGUCCUUCACCAAGGGGCAUUUCCCGAAGAUGGCCGAGUGCGCGCACUUCCAUUACGAGAACGUGGACUUUGGCAACAUACAGCUUUCGCUCCCGGAGGAACAGAAUGAAGUAACGAGGAACGGCUGCGAAUCCAAGGAACUCGUCUACCUUGUCCAGGUCUCUUGCCAGGGAAGGAGCUGGAUCGUGAAGCGCAGUUAUGAGGAUUUCCGAGUGCUGGAUAAACAUCUUCACCUGUGCAUUUAUGACCGUCGCUUCUCCCAGCUCUCGGAGCUUCCCCGUUCCGAUGCCCUGAAGGACAGUCCGGAGCUGGUCACCCAGAUGCUGAUGGCUUACCUGUCCCGGCUCUCUGCCAUCGCAGGCAACAAGAUCAACUGCGGGCCAGCCCUCACGUGGAUGGAGAUUGAUAACAAGGGGAAUCACCUGCUGGUCCAUGAGGAAUCGUCCAUUAACGUUCCUGCUAUCGCUGCUGCCCACGUUAUUAAGAGAUAUAUUGCUCAGGCAGCAGAUGAGCUGUCCUUUGAGGUCGGAGACAUCGUGUCUGUUAUUGACAUGCCUCCCAAGGAGCUGACCACGUGGUGGAGAGGCAAGCAUGGGUUCCAGGUUGGAUUUUUCCCUAGCGAAUGUGUUGAAUUAAUUAAUGACAAAGUCCCUCAGUCUGUGACCAAUUCUGUGCCAAAACCAGUGUCCAAGAAGCACGGCAAGCUCAUCACCUUCCUGCGGACAUUCAUGAAGUCGCGGCCAACGAAACAGAAGCUGAAGCAGCGCGGGAUCCUCAAGGAGAGGGUGUUCGGCUGCGACCUGGGAGAGCAUCUUCUCAACUCGGGCCACGAUGUCCCCCAGGUCCUCAAGAGCUGCACGGAAUUCAUCGAGAAGCACGGCAUCGUGGACGGGAUCUACCGCCUGUCCGGGAUCGCAUCCAACAUCCAGAAACUGCGGCACGAGUUUGAUUCGGAGCAGAUCCCCGACCUGACCAAGGACACGUACAUCCAGGACAUCCACUGCGUGGGCUCCCUCUGCAAACUCUACUUCCGAGAGCUGCCAAACCCCCUGCUCACCUACCAGCUCUACGAGAAGUUCUCGGACGCUGUUUCUGCUGCUACGGACGAGGAGCGGUUGGUUAAAAUCCACGAUGUCAUUCAGCAGCUGCCCCCUCCUCACUACAGGACACUGGAGUUCCUAAUGAGGCACUUAGCUCGCCUGGCUGAUUACUGCUCCAUCACAAACAUGCACACCAAGAACUUAGCCAUUGUCUGGGCUCCCAACCUCCUGAGGUCCAAGCAGAUCGAGUCCGCCUGCUUCAGCGGCACAGCUGCCUUCAUGGAGGUGCGGAUCCAGUCGGUCGUUGUGGAGUUCAUCCUGAACCACGUCGACGUCCUCUUCAGUUCUAAGCUCAGCUCGGUCAUUCGAGACGGAGCAGGGCACAGCUCUUUAUCGCGGCCCAAGUCUCUGCUGGUGUCUUCUCCUUCCACAAAGCUGCUCACCCUGGAGGAGGCCCAGGCGCGGACGCAAGCCCAGAUCAACUCCCCCAUCGUGGCAGACAGUAAAUACAUUGAAGUGGGAGAAGGCCCCGCGGCUCUGCAGGGGAAAUUCCACACGGUCAUAGACUUCCCAGCCGAAAGAAAAAGGCCUCCCAGCAAGAUGAAGAAGUCGCCGGUGGGCAGCUGGCGUUCCUUCUUCAACCUGGGCAAGUCCUCAUCCGUGUCCAAGCGCAAACUGCAGCGCAACCCCAGCGAGCCCUCGGAAAUGAAAGCCAUAGCCCUGGCAGGUGGCAGAGGGGACAGCGGGACUCUUCGCUCAGCUAAAAGCGAGGAAUCGCUCACCUCCCUGCACGCCGUUGAUGGCGAAUCCAAACUGUUCCGACCCCGAAGACCCAGAUCGAGCAGCGACGCGCUCUCCGCUUCCUUUAACGGCGAGCUCUUGGGAAACAUGAACCGCUGCAAUUCUUACGACAACCUUCCCCACGACGACAGCGACGGGGACGAAGGCCUCAUCCACGUUCCUGCCCUUAUUUCUCCUCGAUCUGCCGAAGAUGUUGACCUGAGCCCGCCGGAUAUCGGAGUCGCUAGCUUGGAUUUCGACCCUAUGUCUUUCCAGUGCAGCCCGCCCCAAGCGGAGCCCGAGUGCCUGGAGAGCAACAUGUCCCUGCUGGAGUCCAUCGGCCUCCACAAGGAGAGGCCCAGCCUCAUGAAGAAGGAUUUGGAGUCGGGCAGCCAGUCCCAGACGCCUGGCAGCGCCACGAGCUCUGAGCCAGUGUCCCCCUUCCAGGAGAAGAUGAGCCCCUUCUUCACGCUGGACCUGAGCCCCAGUGAAGAGAAGCCCCCCAAGCCCCACAGUUUCUCACCCAAGAUGGGGCGAAAACCCCUCAAGUCGCCCCCGCCGCUGAGCACGGUGGAACCCGUCGCCUUCGCGCUGCCCAGCCGCGUGCCCGAGACUCUUGGAGGAAUAUCCAGCACGUCCAGAAACUCCUCCACUUCCAACUGGAGCAAAGGGAUCGGCCUCAGUGAGAUCCCAAACAGGUCCCCAACCCAGCUGGCCUUGCCCCUGAAAAGCACCGAAACGGCCGCAGGGGAAGGAGCCCACCAAGAGCCACAGCAAGGCCAGCUAGUGGCUGCUGCCAAACCUGAGGUGCAAGAAGAAGGGGAGAGACCAAUGUCAAGCAGUCACACUAGGACUGUACCCACUGGACACACACAGCCAGGAGCAGUUGCCCUCGACUCCCCCCAGGAUCCUGUUCCCGUCAGUUCCGUGUCUCUUAUCCCUCCUCCUCCUCCGAAAAACGCAGCGCGCAUGCUCGCCCUAGCGUUAGCCGAGUCCGCGCAGCAAGCCACCGCUCAGGCUCACAAAAGGCCAGGAGAGGCUCCCUCUGAAAGCACAAAUUACGGCGAGGCGGACGCCGGCACAGCUCUAGAAAAGCUCCAUCUCGGGGCCGGUACGCCGGACAAGCUCCACCUGUACGCGGGCCUGCCCGAGAACCGACUGCACUUCCAGGCCGGGGCGCCCGUAGAGCGGGAUGGCCAAGGGAGCGGCGCGCUGCAGCCGUACUUCGAGAACGGGCGCGUGCACUACCGCUACAGCCCUUACUCCAGCUCCUCCUCCUCCUCCUACUACGCCGACGGCGGCUUCUACGAGCUGGAGCCCUACAGCACCGUGCGGGCCCGGCCCUUCCACCCGCUGCCCGGCCGCGACGCCGCCGCCUCCUACCCCUCGCGCCUGCAGAGCCGCGGCCUCUACCGCUACGGCGGG